AAGCCUUAUCGGAUAAUUCCCUACAGCAGGAACCGUAAAUUCACAGGCCGUGAACAUCUUAUUCACUCGGUAGAGAGGCUUUGGAAGCGUGAUGGCCACAACCGGAUCGCUCUUCAUGGAUUAGGAGGCACUGGGUAUGUUGUCGAUAAGUUUAUAUCCAGAGCUUUUAUUAACAUGGCUUAGAAAAACUCAGAUUGCCCUCGAAUACGUUUAUCAGCGUGCAAGCGAAAGCGAUUGUAAUAUCUUCUGGGUGCAAGGAAGUGGGGUAUUACGAUUUAGGGAGGGUUUUGGGGCUAUUGCGCAGCGCGUUCGAAUUCCCCUAGCAAGUGCUGAGACGGAACAAGAGGGACUCUUGUUGAGCAUAAAGAGGUGGUUUGAAGGUCCAGAAAGUGGUGAUUGGAUUCUGGUUAUCGACAACGCCGACAACGAGGAGGACUUCGCUAGUAACAACAGUCGUAUUGCCAAGUUCGUACCACAAGGACCCAGAGGUACUCUGAUAUUCACCACCAGAUCUCGCCAGGUUGCAUUUCGCCAGGAGUGCGAGAGGAUUGAUGUCGGAAAAAUGGAGCAGGAGGAAGCUCAAGCACUAUUUUCGAAACACUUUAGCGGCUGGGACGGAUUGAGAGAUAAGGAAGGAGAAGUAGUUGCGAUGAUCCUGGGGUCGGUGGAUCACUUACCGUUGGCUGUCGUGGGUGCAGCAGCCUUCAUGGUCGAGACGGAAACAUCACCCUCCGAGUACUGGACCAUUUUCGAGGAGAACGAUAAGCAAAUGAAGGGGUUACUUUUAGAGCAGUUUAGCGAUAUCCGGCGCGAGUCUGAUAUGACAGAAAGCAUUUUGGGCACAUACUUCAUCACCUUUGACCGAAUUACGAAACAGAUGCCGACAGCAGGGCAUCUCCUGCGGCUAAUUGCCUUCUUUGAUCGUCAAAAUAUACCCGAGCAGCUACUGCGAGAAUCUGGCUUGGAAGGGCUGGAUGGUUCGAUUCGAUUUCGUCGGACGAUCGCCAAACUGGUGGGAUUCUCAUUGGUUACUGCCACCAGACGUGAAGAUAAGACCUUCUAUGAAGUGCAUCGCUUAAUCCAGCUAGCGAUACAUGCCUAUUUGUCACCGGAAGAGUUGGAUAAAUGGAGUGGCGCAGCGCUGGGGCUGGUUUCCCACAUGUUCCCUAAAUAUAAGCAUGAGCUGCGAGAUACUUGCAAGUCAUAUAUUCCACAUGCACUUGCGGUAACCAAGGGUAGAAUGGAUAUUCUUUCCGAAGAUCUUUGCUUCCGCAUGGCAGAAUACUUUCUUCAUUUGGGAUCCUACAACGAUGCAGAAGCACAGAUCGGUCGCUGUAUCAGAUUUCGCGAGGAGAAUAAGGAUCAAGGCUGGGAUAAAGGUCAUAGCAGAUUCACGCUCCUGGGACGGGUGAGGGCACGCAAAGGGAGCGCAAAGGAGGCGGAGGAGAUACUUCGGAAUGUGCUGGAGGAUCUUGGGGGGUUAUUGGGCCCGAGCGUUUCUGACGCCUUGGAGUGCUUCUCCUACCUGGCAAGUGUGAUGAAUGAUCUUGGAAAGUACGAUGAAUCAGAGACCAUGAAUCGGCAUGCGCUGGAGGUGCGGGACAAGGUUCUCGGGAAAGACCACCCGGAUACCCUAACAAGUGUCAGCAACCUGGCGCUGGUGCUGCGAUACCAGGGAAAGUAUGAUGAAUCAGACACCGUGAAUAGGCGUGCAUUGGAGGGACGGGAGAGGGUUCUUGGAGCAGGCCAUCCAGACACCCUCAUCAGUGCCAGUAACCUGGCUACCGUGCUGUGGAAACAAGGAAAGUACAGUGGAUCGGAGGCGAUGAAUCGGCGUGCCCUGGAGGACCAGGAGAAAGUACUUGGACCAGAGCACCCUGACACCCUAAAAAGCCUCAGCAAUCUGGCUAUUGUCCUACGACACCAAGGAAAAUACGGGGGAUCAGAGAGGAUGCAUCGGCGU